ACCGAGUUUCCGGUUUUGUUUUGUUUACUUGACUUCGACGUUAUGAUUUCCAAAGACAACUUAUACCCUUUGGUGAAAUACACGCUUUUGAAAUAUAAUAAUGUAAUAUAAUAUGUGUGUUGCUCUUGAAAUAACAUGGAACCAAAGUUACGGCUAUGACGAGCACGGACGAGAUUCGAAACGGAAGAUAGUGUGUCACACACUGUGUGGGCCGUCUUGCAAAAGAGUGACCCCGAGAUUUCUUCAAAAAUUAGUCUGCCGCGCUGUUAAAGAUGUUGGGUGUGAUUUCUGGAAGAAACACCUUUGCAACCAGAAAGAUUUUACCCUGGCCAGGUCCUGUACUCAGGUGCAGGAGAUCUACACUGACUUCUGUCCAGACCUGUAGGACAACAACAUGGUUGCAGUCAAAAGAUAAUUUGGAAAAUAGUUUCAGGGUGCAUGGUUUCACAAAGGAUCUGCCACUGCUAAUGUCUCAGCCCCAUGUUUUCCGAUGUCUAGUCGGAAACAGAUAUUUCCACUCUUCAGCUGCAAGGAUGAAGAAGCACCCAAAGCCUGAACCUCCUCCAAGAGAGCUGGAUCUACUUCGCUAUGACAUGAAGGAAUUGCGGAACAGUCCUAAACCUGCCUUAUAUCUGGGCUUUGCUGGUCUCCUCCCCUUUGUGGUCCCAACUAUGUUUAUGGCAGGGAUGGGGAAUUACUUCCCAGAACUUGCAUAUGCACAGGUAGCCUAUGGUGCAUCCAUUGUUUCCUUUUCUGGCGGUGCUCGCUGGGGAUUUGCUCUUCCUGAGAGCAGUCCAGCCAAACCUGAUUGGAUGAACCUGGCCAACAGUGUGGUUUCCCCUCUUUUUGCAUGGCUUGCCCUUGUGACGAAUGACAGCAUCUUACCUGCUGCAACCAUGGUUAUUAUGGGACUUGGAAUCGCACUUCAUUAUGAUCUCUCUCUGCUGCCUACAUAUCCCAGCUGGUUCAAAGCUUUACGAGCCGUGAUGACCAUUGUAGGUUUUUUCUCUUUAAUUGGUACACUUGUAAUAAAUAACAUGUACCCAGAAUCUAAACUUUUCUCAAAAUAAAUGUUAAUAAUUUUA